UCCGUGUGCGGAGCAGGACAUGGAGGAGGAACGCGGGUCACCCGAUGGAGACCCCGCGCGGAGCCUGGAGCAGGGACCAGAGGGGCCGGAAACGCCCAUUCAAGUAGUGCUCAGGGUGCGUCCUAUGAGCACCGCAGAGCUGCGUCGAGGGGAGCAGAGCGUGCUGCACUGCUCAGGGACCCGGACUCUGCAGGUGAGCCCUCCGGGAGGGGGCCCCGAGGUGGCUUUCCGCUUCGGCGCGGUGCUGGACGGGGCGCGCACGCAGGAGGACGUGUUCCGGGCCUGCGGCGUGCGGCGCCUGGGCGAGCUGGCGCUGCGCGGCUUCUCCUGCACGGUCUUCACCUUUGGCCAGACCGGCUCCGGGAAGACCUACACCCUAACUGGACCCCCGCCCCAGGGGGAGGGGGUGCCCGUACCUCCCAGCCUGGCUGGCAUCAUGCAGAGGACCUUCACCUGGUUGUUAGACCGCGUGCAGCACCUGCCUGCCCCUGUCACCCUCCGCGCCUCCUAUCUGGAGAUCUACAAUGAUCAGGUUCGGGACUUGCUGAGCCUGGGGUCUCCCCGACCUCUCCCUGUUCGCUGGAAUAAGACUCGAGGCUUCUACGUGGAACAACUACGGGUGGUGGAGUUUUCGAGUCUGGAGGCCCUGAUGGAACUUUUACAGAUGGGUCUCAGCCGUCGGAGGAGCUCAGCUCACACCCUGAACCAGGCUUCUAGCCGGAGCCAUGCCCUGCUCACUGUCUACAUCAGCUGCCGAACUGCUCAGCAGAUGCCUCCUGUGGGCCCUGGGGAGCCCCCUGUUGGUGGGAAGCUGUGCUUUGUAGACCUGGCUGGCAGCGAGAAGGUGACAGCCACAGGAUCUCGUGGGGAGCUGAUGCUUGAGGCCAACAGCAUCAACCGCAGCUUGCUGGCCCUGGGUCAUUGCAUCUCCCUGCUGCUGGACCCACAGCGAAAGCAGAGCCACAUCCCUUUCCGGGACAGCAAGCUCACCAAGUUGCUGGCAGACUCUCUGGGGGGACGAGGGGUGACCCUCAUGGUGGCCUGCGUGUCCCCCUCAGCCCAGUGUCUUCCUGAAACUCUCAGCACCCUGCGAUAUGCAAGCCGAGCUCAGCGAGUCACCACCCGGCCACAGGCCCCCAAGUCCCCUGUGGCAAAGCUGCCCCAGCGUGUAGAGACUGAUAUGCUGCAGCUCCAGGAGGAGAACCGUCACCUGCAGUUUCAGCUGGACCAGAUGGAACGCAAAGCCUCAGGGCUCAGUGGCACCCAAAUGGCCUGGGCCCAGCAGAACCUCUAUGGGAUGCUGCAGGAGUUCAUGCUGGAGAAUGAGAGGCUCAGGAAAGAAAAGAGGCAGCUGCAGAGCAGCCGAGACCAGGCCCAGAGUGAGCAGCGGAUCCUGGCCCAGCAGGUCCAGGAGCUACAGAGGCGCCUCUCUGCCUGCUACCAUCAUCAACCGAGCCCAGGCCCAGCACCACCAUGUCCCUGCUUGAUGGUACCACCUCCCUCCUGCCACGCACUGCCACCUCUCUCCUCCUGCCCCUGGCGUCACCUCUGCCCGAUAUGCCAAGCGCCCCUGGCCCACUGGGCCUGCCCUUGGAGGGAGCGCCAUGUACAGCAGGUGUUGGGCCCUGAGGCUCCAGGUGGCAGGCCCCUGUCUGCCCGACCGCCACCCUGGGCACCCACAUGCAGCUCUAGCUCUGCCAAGUGCCCAAGAGAAAGGAGUCACAGCGACUGGACUCAGACCCGAGUCCUGGCAGAGAUGCUGACCGAGGAGGAGGUGGUACCCUCUGCACCUCCCUUGCCCACAGGACCACCGAGCACAUCACCAGUGCUGAGAGGUGGAGCUGGGGUGCAGAACCUGGCCCAGAGACUGGAGGCCCUCAGAGACCAGAUUGGUAGUUCCCUGCGACGUGGCCGGAGCCAGCCACCCCACAGCGAGGGUGCACGGAGCCCGGGCCCAGGCCUCUCUCCCCGCUGAAGGCAGAGUGGAAACCCAGAAGAUGGCUGUGUGACCUCAGACUGGGCUCUGCGUCCCUAGGCCUCACUCUCUCCGUCUAGUGCAUGGGAUUAGCAGCUUUGUCAGGGGAGCAAGGGGAGGGUGCUGCCCCAGACCAUGAGUCAUGCAACCAGAUUCAGGAGAAACCAGGCAGCAGGUGAUGAAUAUAUGAAUAAAGAAGGAGGCAUCAGUC